AAAAAUUAAUUAUUAAAAAUAGAGUACAGAAGAUGAAACUAAAGAAACCAUAAUUUCUUUCUUUCUCCGAUUAUUCACCAAUCCCCAACCACUAAAUUCUUUGCUUUUCCAUUUGAAAUGAAAAGAAAUUAGAUCUGGACAUAUUGAUUUUGAUAUAAUCACCUGUUCACCAAUCAUUCAUCAUUUUUCAUACUCUACACCCGAUACUUUGCUAUUUCUCCUACUCCCAUUCUUCACCAUUUCAUUAAUGUUAACAGGCUUUCUUAAAAUUAACAUCCAUAUCAAACUUCGGCAUUAUGCCUUACGCGCCUUCUCAACCGAUUCAAUAACAGCGGCGCGUCAUAUUUUCCAUUCAUAUAUUUCAAUCCUUCCAACACUUCUCUUAUUCAAGGUCUCCUUUCAGUCGCUGAUCUUAACAGUCAAAAUCUUUAUCAUUCCGGAAUCAACCGGCGAACCGAUUCGAUGAUAUCAGAUUGCCAAGGAAUUGACUAUUUUCAUCAACUGAACUGUCCAAUCAUUAGCGCGAUGACACCAUCCGCGAUAGUCCUGUUGCCGGUCGUCGGAGAUAAGCAGCCGUCUUUGGCAGUCGUCGGAGCACAGACUGAAUGAAAACCGUCGUUGAGCUAGAAGAAAGUGAAAUUAAUUGAGAUUAGAUGAUGGUUUCCUGAAUUUGGAGAGUUAGGACAGAUCUUAAUGAGUAUUGAGGGUAAAUAGGUACUAAAAUUAUAUUGAGGUAGAUAUGCAAACAACUUUUAAAAAAAGAGAGAUUACUGCAAGAAAAAAAAUUGUGAGUCACUAACAUAAACUUUUUGAGUUUUGAGUGAUUUGGUGUAAUUUUCUCAAUUUAAUUGGUCCUUAUGCCGUAACAGAUCAGCCGUCAAUAAGGUGGACCCAGAUGCUCAAUCUGGCCCAUUUUAUUUGAGGAAAUGACGCGCUGUACCCCUUUUUUUCAAAAUUUUCCACAUAUGCCCUCUCAACUUUUAGGGUUUCAUGCGUACGCUUUUUUUAAUUCUUUGUUUCCACAAUUACGCCUUUUUUUUAGCCAUUCUUUAGCCGUCUCUUUUCUUUUUUCUCCGUUUGAUUUCACCGUUUUCUUCGCCUGAUUUUCUUUUUCCGGCUGAAUCAUCCCCUCUUCCAUUUCUGUUUUAGUCUGAUCUCUGAUACAUGCUUCAAUCUCUAAUCUAAAGGAAAAUUUGUGAAUUUGCUUUGUUGACGUGACGCAACCGUUUGUUAUCAGCAGAAGUUUUUUUGGUGCUGUUGUGAAACAAGGAAUUGACGGUUUUUGGUGUCUAAGAAAAUGGUAUUAAAGUCAGUGUCUAAACAUAAUAAAAAAGUCACACCAAGGAAAGAUGAAGUCAGUGCGAAAAGGAAAGAUGGAAAUCGUGCUGGUUUAAGAAGUAAUUCGAAGAAAACACUUACUGAUAUUGAUAAUCAGCCUAAGAUUUGGCAAUAUGCUAUACCUGUUGAUGAAUGGUUUGUAGCAAAAGUGCAAACUACUUUAAAUCAUGAUCCCAUUUUAAAGUUAAAAACCAAAUUGAAUGAUGUUGAGUUAGAUUUGUUUAGAAAGAGUCCCUUUGGUUAUUUUCUUGAUAUGCCAGUUUUUAAGGUGCAAACACAAGUUUUGCAUUUCCUUUUAUUGAGGUUGCUUAACCAACCGAAUGCAAAUGAAUUGUGGUUUAAUAUUGGGGGAGUGAGACUGAAAUUUGGGAUUGAUGAGUUUGCCUUAGUUACAGGUUUGAAAUGUCAUGGAGAUAUUAGUAAACUUAGGUUUAGAAACACAUCUGAUGGGAUCUUUGACAAAUAUUUUAAGGACCUUAGUUGUUUUAAUAAGCAAGCCUUAGAGGAUUUUUUUGUCACUAGGAGAUGGUCUAGUCCGGAAGAUGGAGUUAAAAUAGCAAUUUUGUAUUUUCUUGAUGUGUUUCUAUUUUCGUCUCAAAACGUAAAACGUGUUUCCAUAGUCAACCUUAACAUAAUUGAGUCAAGUGAGUGCAAUGAAUUUCCAUGGGGACUGGAUUGUUUUAAUUGUGGGAUAGAUGAUUUAAAAGAUAAGUUGAAAGGGAAAAGUAAGCAAUAUGAAGAAGAAGGUAAAACCCCGUUUUAUCGGCUGGCUGUUUUCAUUUAUGCCUUGCAAUGUUGGUUCUAUGAAUGUUGCCCUGUCGCGGUCAAUAACCUUGCAAUUUUGGAGAAUGGUGAUGCUAUCCCGAGAAUUUUGAGAUGGAAAGUUGACGAUAAUCCUGGCGUUGCGGAAUUAGAGAAGCCUUUCUUCUCUUUGAGUGGAAAACAGAUGAAGUUGAGGAAAAUCACUCCUUCUGGAAAGGAUAAGAAGAAGGAGGUGAGCGAGAAUUUAUCUGAUUCAGAAGAUGAUAAAGCUGAGUAUCAAGGUGGUGAGGCAUCAUCUUCAGCUUUACCAAAGAAAAGAUUGCAUCUUGAUCAUUUUGAGAAAGAGCUGCAGACGGUGGUUUCUUCUCAAAAUAAAAUUGUGGAAGAUUUGAACUGCUUUAAAGAUUAUGUGACUCUUCAGUUUACUAAUCUUUUUAAAGUUCUUGAUUCAAUCAAGAAGAGCUCAAAUGUAAUUGAAGAGCAGACAAACUUGCAUAAUGGAGCUUCAAUUAGUGAUAAUGGGUCUGAUGACAAGGAGGAGGAUAUAUUGUUUAAGGUGAUCAAUCGCAAUAUUGUUCAACCUAUUGUGGAAAAAAAGAACAAUUUGGCGGAGGAUGAUACGGCAGUAGAGAAUAAAAAGGAGGUUGAGCAACAAGAUCAAACUAAUUUAUCUCAAGUUGAUGAAGCAGCAAAUGAGUUUGAUAAAGUUUCUAGUGAUGAAGUUGAGCCUGAAAUCGUAAAGGCUGCAGAAUGCAACAUUGAUAAGACAAUGCGAUAUCGAUGA